UUCAUCUUCCUUACCUGAAAAUAGACCAUCAUCUCCUGCAAUUCAGUUCUUAAAGAUAUUAUUCUUCGAUUCUUUCACCAAUUCAUUCCUCACUCUUAUCUCUUUUGAACCUCUGCAAAAUUUGAAACUAAACCCCGUCCUUUUCAAGCUCUAUCAAUGGCCAUAACCUGUCUCUGUACAGUCCCUUCCUUACUCACUUCGCCCACCAUGAAGGUUCCAUAUGAUUCGUAUGGCCACUAUUCUGAGAGUUUUUCCCAAAUUGGGUUCAACAGGCCGCUUUGGUUGAGCUCGAUUAGAAGCCCUAGAAUUCUGAAUCGACUCUGUCGAAUCGACUUGGGGUUUCUAUGUUUCAGUCAAUUACCAGAAAUGGGUGGUGGGGGGUUCAGUAACAUUGACAGUGACCAGAAUUAUCUCGAAAUUGUCGACAAGAAGGAGGGGAAAUCAGAAGGGGGAGGAUACAAUUUGGAGAAGAUGCGUGAUGAUGAGGAGGAUGAUAAAUUGGGGGAAUUCACGUUGGCUUUUGGGGAAAUGAUCCCACCUGAAGGUUUUGCAAUCAUCAGUGCAUGCUUUAUCGGCCUCCUCACGGGAAUUGGCGUGGUUUUGUUCAAUAAUGUGGUGCAUGAAGUACGUGAUUUCUUUUGGGAUGGAAUUCCUUCACGAGGUGCUUCAUGGUUAAGGGAAACUCCCCUCGAGGAAAAUUGGAAAAGAGUAAUUUUUGUGCCUACAUGUGGCGGGGUCAUGGUGGGAUUAUUGAAUAUUCUUAGAAACCAACUCGAAGAACCUUCAAAAGGGACCCUACCAUCUAAUGUGAAGGCAUCCUUAAAGCCUUUUUUGAAGGCAGUGGCGGCUUCUAUCACCUUAGGAACAGGAAAUUCAUUGGGGCCAGAGGGACCCAGUGUUGAAAUCGGAUCGUCAAUUGGCAAAGGAGUGGCUGCUGUAUUUCAGAGGAGCAAUGAAAGGAGGCUACCCCUUGUAGCUGCCGGAUCAGCAGCUGGAAUCUCAUCAGGUUUCAAUGCAGCUGUUGCUGGCUGUUUUUUUGCUGUGGAAUCUGUGUUGUGGCCAUCGCCAUCUGAUUCAUCCUCAUCAAUUUCAAAUGCAACCUCAAUGGUUAUACUCAGUGCUGUAAUUGCAUCUGUGGUUUCCGAGGUUGGCCUUGGUUCUGUACCUGCAUUCAGAGUUCCAGACUAUGAUUUUCGUUCUGCAAGUGAGCUUCCACUUUAUCUAUUGCUGGGUGUCCUGUGUGGGUUGGUUUCAACAGCCUUAUCCAAAUGCACAUCGUAUGCCCUCGCAGCUGUCGAGGCUUUUCAAAAGAACACAGCAAUGUCAUUGGCUGUGUUUCCCAUAAUUGGAGGCAUGUCUGUUGGUCUGAUAGCUCUAGUUUAUCCCGAGGUUCUUUAUUGGGAUUUUCAGAAUGUGGAUAUAUUGCUUGAAUCAAGACCGUUUGUGAAUGGCCUUCCCGCUGAUUUAUUGCUUCAGUUAGUAGGGGCAAAAAUAAUAGCAACAUCAUUAAGCCGGGCUUCAGGAAUGGUAGGAGGCUAUUAUGCACCAUCUCUUUUCAUUGGUGCAGCAACAGGCAUGGCCUAUGGAAAAUAUGCAAGCUAUUUGAUCACCCAUUCAGAUCCUUGGUUUAAUCUGUCCAUUUUGGAAGUCGCAUCACCGCAAGCAUAUGGGCUGGUGGGAAUGGCUGCUACUCUUGCUGGGGUUUGUCAGGUCCCCUUGACCUCUGUUUUACUUCUGUUUGAGUUGACUCAGGACUACCGAAUAGUUCUACCAUUACUGGGAGCUGUGGGGCUAUCGUCGUGGAUUGCAUCUAACCUGACAAGAAAGAAGGAUAACAUGACAAGCAAAAAAGAAGGUUUUCAGGCUAAAGCUCCAUCUUUGGAAACAAAGUCUAUUAGUAGUAAUCAAACUCUAUACGCUGAUUCAGAUUCAGGUCAGGUGAUCCCUGAUUUGGUUGUGUCUACUUCUACCAAAGUUUCAUCUACUUCGGACCUAUGCGAACUUGAGAGUUCACUGUGUGUAGAGGAUUUCAGUAGUGAAGUAAGAAAUUUUGAGGAGACAAUCUCUGUUGCACAGGCAAUGAGAACAAGAUACAUAUCAAUCCUUAUGACCACCUUGUUAACAGAAACAGUAUCUCUCAUGCUAGUGGAGAAGCAGCCUUGUGCACUUAUAGUUGAUAAUGAUGACUUUCUUAUUGGAAUUCUUACACUUGGAGAUAUACAACAAUUUUGUAAAUCAGCUAGAGCAAGCAGACAGCAAGCUGAGGUGAGGGAGAUUUACCACUGUAAUGGAGGGAGAUAUUCAAAACUGUGGACAGCAACUCCUAGUAUGACCCUUUUCUCGGCACAAAGGAUUAUGAACAAAUAUGACUUGAAUCAACUUCCCGUUGUAUCAGAACAUUCUGAAUCUUGCAAGGGUGGCCGAUUGUUAGGUCUUCUAGACAGAGACUGUAUUCAUCUUGCUUGCAGAGCCCUGGCAACAAAGGAAAUUCUCAGCAAUUCCCCUCGAGCAGAAGGAUCUAAUGGAUAAAAUAUGCAGUGUACACUAAAACAAUGUACCCAGAGGAAUUUCACUAUUUUUUUCUAUCUGGGCGUCCAGAGCUAUAGUCUAAUGCCAAGCCCAGGACUAAUCAAGAAGCUCACAUGGUAUCAAGGUUCAUGGAUCUUGUAUAUUAAUGGGGCCCACAUGAGUUACAGGUAAUCUAUUUUUAUCAACUGGAAAGAGAGAUCAAACAAAUCUGCCAACCUUGUCAUAAGUACACAACUUAGACCCAGCCAAGCGGCUCGAUUUCAAUGUAAUUUGCCCAACAUUAUUCUCAAUGAAAGUUUUACCCAAUCAAUAUUUUUGCCUUUGCUUGGAAAAAUUGGGGAAUAGAGAUGCAUGCAGGAGCAUUGCUCUUAUGAGUCAGACCUUCUAAUGCUGCUGAAAUUGCUAAUACUGGAGACAGUAGCUUCUUAUUGGAACUUUCUCAACUGUAUCUGUUUUGGUAGGUAAGAUGAAUUUUUUCCAUGGAAUUAAGAUAUGCACCUGAUAAUGAUUAGAUGUUUGGAGCUUUUUGACUUAUAAACAAUACAACAGUUAUGGAUUCCUUGUAUACUUAAGAGGUAUAUAAUUGCUACAGUUUCUUUUUUA